GGCUAGUGGGGCAUUGGUUUUCCUUUUCCCAGGGGCGGGCGCGAGCCCGGAAGAGGCUGGGCGGCCUUGGGUUUAAAUUAGGGGACUCAGAGGCCCUCCCUCAGAACACGUGCGGCCAGCGAACAGCAGAAGUGGAGGUUAUCCUGGCUUUCUCGCAGCGGCCGCGAGUCCGUAGCCUGCUGGCGGAGGCCAGUAGGCGGGCCCCUGGCGGCGGCGGGCCGGUCCCGGAGCUUUCGGAUAGCUUAGCUGGGCGGCCUACCAAGCGCGCCAGGCCAGCCAGAGCUAGCCUCAGUGCAAUACUGCCCGAGCCCGGGCGGGGUCUCUGUUCUCUGGCAGAGGAGGUCCCUUGGCAGCGGGAAGCUCCCUCUCUUUCUCGCGCCGCGCUCCGAGUCUGCGCCCUGGUGCCAGGCGCCCAGCUCGGCGCUACCCUGUGCUCGCCCCGCGCCCACUCAUUCGCAGCCCAGCCUUCACCACCGCCGCCGCGGCCGCCGCUACCACCACCACCUCCGCCGCUGCCGCCACCGCCGCCGCCUCCGCCGUCGCCGUCUCCCUGCUCCUCCUCCUCACCCCAGCCCGCCGCGGCCAUGGCGGACAGCGCCAGCGAGAGCGACACGGACGGGGCGGGGGGCAACAGCAGCAGCUCGGCCGCCAUGCAGUCGUCCUGCUCGUCGACCUCGGGCGGUGGUGGCGGGAGCGGUGGUGGCGGUGGCGGGGGAGGUAGCGGUGGGAAAUCGGGGGGCAUUGUCAUCUCGCCGUUCCGUCUGGAGGAGCUCACCAACCGCCUGGCCUCGCUGCAGCAGGAGAACAAGGUGCUGAAGAUAGAGCUGGAAACCUACAAACUCAAGUGCAAGGCGCUGCAGGAGGAAAACCGCGACCUGCGCAAAGCCAGCGUGACCAUCCAAGCCAGGGCUGAGCAGGAAGAAGAAUUCAUCAGUAACACGUUAUUCAAGAAAAUUCAGGCAUUGCAGAAGGAGAAAGAAACCCUUGCUGUAAAUUAUGAGAAGGAAGAAGAGUUCCUCACUAAUGAGCUCUCCAGAAAAUUGAUGCAGUUGCAGCAUGAGAAAGCUGAGUUAGAACAGCACCUCGAGCAGGAGCAGGAAUUCCAGGUCAACAAGCUGAUGAAGAAAAUUAAAAAACUGGAGAAUGAUACCAUUUCUAAGCAGCUGACAUUAGAGCAGUUGAGACGAGAGAAGAUUGACCUUGAAAAUACUUUGGAACAAGAGCAAGAAGCACUAGUUAAUCGUCUCUGGAAAAGAAUGGAUAAACUCGAAGCUGAAAAGCGAAUCCUGCAGGAGAAAUUAGACCAGCCAGUCUCGGCUCCCCCAUCACCUAGAGACAUCUCCAUGGAGAUCGACUCUCCAGAAAACAUGAUGCGCCACAUCCGGUUUUUAAAGAACGAGGUAGAGCGGCUGAAGAAGCAGCUGAGAGCCGCUCAGUUACAGCACUCGGAGAAAAUGGCGCAGUACCUGGAGGAGGAGCGUCACAUGCGAGAGGAGAACCUGCGGCUGCAGAGGAAGCUGCAGAGGGAGAUGGAGAGGAGGGAAGCCCUCUGCCGACAGCUGUCUGAGAGCGAGUCCAGCUUGGAGAUGGAUGACGAGAGGUGUUUUAACGAGAUGUCUGCACAAGGAUUAAGACCUCGCACUGUGUCCAGCCCGAUCCCUUACACUCCUUCUCCAAGCUCAAGCAGGCCUAUAUCUCCUGGUCUAUCAUAUGCAAGUCACACAGUUGGUUUCACCCCACCGACCUCACUGACUAGAGCCGGAAUGUCAUAUUACAAUUCCCCAGGUCUUCAUGUGCAGCAUAUGGGAGCCUCUCACGGUAUCACAAGGCCUUCACCACGGAGAAGCAACAGUCCUGACAAAUUCAAACGCCCCACGCCGCCUCCGUCUCCCAACACACAGACACCAGUCCAGCCUCCUCCACCUCCGCCUCCACCGCCCAUGCAGCCCACAGUCCCCUCCGCAGCCACCACGCCGUCCGCCCCUCCGCCACAUUCGGUGCACCCCUCCUCCCAGCCUUAAUGCAUGUGCUUAGUCCGAAUCUCAUGUUGGGACUCAUCCAGUGGAGCCGUCUACUCAAUGCCAAAGGCUUCCUUCCCUGGCCUGUUUGGAUCUGACUUAUUUGCACUGAGGUUAUCUAGGCUUCACUAUUAAUUGUGUUGUAAAUGUUUGUCAGAAACGCAGCCAGUGUUGUGGGUUACAACACUAAACAGACGACUUUUUCCAUCAGUGUUUUACUUGAAUCGACCUGUAUGUCCAUUCCCUGGCUGGAACAUUUGCUAUUCAAUAUCUGGUAAUUCAGCAGCAGUGUGCAGUUCUUUGCUUGGCCCCAGAGCUUCAUUUUCCUGGCUUUUAGGUUUGUAAAAUAUAAAAGGAUAUCUUUUUUAUAUUUUUUCCAUGAAUUUGCAGAAAAUCACUGAGCUGUUAUUACCACCACCACCACCCCCAUUAUAAUGGUGUUUACCAAACAUCCCAAUAAUUUAGCACUACAAUUCAGACUUUUGGAAAAUCUAGCUUUCAGUGUAGAAUGGAAAGUUAGAUCAGUGCCCAAGACAAUAUACUGUUUAAUAGAGCUUUCUACAGAUACACUUUUUAUAGGUUAUUUUCGGUAUAUAUUAGCAUCCAUGCCUCUUGUAAAACAGAUGGCCAAAAAGUGACAGAUCACAUGGCUGUACCUUUUCCACCUACAUGGGAUGGAUAAGUAUUGUAUAUUAAAGUGUGAUUCUUCCUUUACCCUUCAUGUUAAUCUGCCCAAACUGGCCCCCGCUGACAUGAAUCCGUGAAUGUCCUCCCACAGUGGUUGCGAUGGCUGAUUAGAAUGUGCGAUUUGAUUUAUGCUACAGAAGGCAAUGCGACUAUAACAAAAAACAGCUAUUUCCCCUUUCCAUCCUUUGUGUUCCCCUGCAGUAGAGUUUGACAAAUAUUUUAAAGGUGCAAAAUUAUUAGAAGAUAUUAUUUGAAAUGAACAUUAUAGGACUAUCUUGGCAUAAUGGCCACACAAUGCUUUAUUGCUUGGCAGAAGAGAGGUGUAGAGGAGAGUAGCACAUUAGUAUUGAUGACUGCUUAUUUUGUCCAGUAUAAGCGAGUGCAGUGUGUACAAAGAAGUAUAUUCUGAAUACAUUAUUUCCAUUCAUUUAGCACAAAUAAAUUCUUUGGUUUCACUUUGAAGUGGAACACAGUGAGUCACUCUUUUCUUAAUACUUGCAACAUCUUUAUUUUUGCUUUUUGGCAGUUACUGUUUUGUAUUUUGGUAGUAAAGUGAUUUUUACCACCUGUGUUUGCAUAUUUAUAUAUGCUGUGGACGAAAAUAACUUACUAGAGAAUGUAUAUUUUAUGAUGAGAAUGUGUAUCUGUUGGAUAUAAUCAGAGGACUGAAAGUUAAUUUAUCAGUAAUUUUUAAGAGUCCAUGUUUUGUGACAACCAUCUCUAAUAGCUAGCUCUUUAUUGAACACACUCCUAAAAAUAAGGAACCAUGAAUGACAUUGUAGAUAUUUAAUAUUGUACAGUAUAGAAACCUCCAUUUUUGCCUUUGAAUGCAUAUUUAAGAGUUACAGAAAGAAAAAAGUCUUGUUGGCUGAUAGUGUUUGACUAGCAUUUUAAGAACUCAAGAGUAAAAGCAACAAUAGGAUUUUUCACCUCUUCCUGCUUCCACCCCCCAAGCUGAGAACGUCACUCCUCAGUUGUUUGGAAGAAAUCCUACGUCUCUAUAAAUUUUAUUUAUAAUGUGUGUGUAAUAUACAUAAUCAUAGUACAGUUCUCAAAUAGGGGGAGAAGUUUGGCAUAUAACUGAGGGUUUAGAUUUUUAACAUGGUCAGACUGGGUCAGAUCAAACCCAGGAUUUCCCCAACAGCUCCCUGCCCCCCCCCCCCCGCCCCCCCUGGUACAUUGCCAUUCCGAGGCAUCCUGAAAGCAGGCAAACAAAAUUUGCCUUCAUGGUACAGUUCUUGGUUUUUCUUCUCGGAGAAGUAUGGUAUAUGUUUACAAGAGUCUUCUACAAGUUCAUAGAUUUCAGUGCUGUUGGGUAGUGUCUUGCACUCAAACAAGAAAGUGCAUAAUGUAUUGAUCUUCCCUCUGCCUCCUCUCAAUGUAGUUACCUCCUGAAAGCACAAAUGUCAAAACAUUGCCAUAUGGUGAAUGACGAAGCACUUGGAGUGAGCAAACAGUUCCUGACAAAUGCCUUUUAGAGACAAGGUUCUUGACAUUCAGACUUCCGCUGAAACGUAGUGCUGGGUCCCCUGGACGAGUCAUUUCAUUUUGAAGUAAAACACAGCCCCUUCAAGCAGCACCCUUCCUGCAUAAAUCUAGCUUCCUCUCCCUGCAGACGUCCAGAAGUGAUGGAACAAACACUACUGUUUUGAAUUUAUGCUGUUUCAUGUCCUUUUAAAGUGUUUUAUGACCCCAUGUGGAACCUGUCACACUUGGGUAGUACCUGCAAAGGCAAUUUUUUGGCAGCUGUUUAGCCACCAGGGACCCAUCAGGUUCAGACCCCAAGCCCACAGGGGCAGGAGCUCCCUUCCUCAUGGGAAGCUGACUGACUUCAGCUGUUUCUCGUGGGGGCUGGAAAUGGUUACUGCCAUUCCUCUUGCCCACUUGCCCAGAGUUACCUGGACAGACUCCCAGAGGCCUUUGUAAAAUCAGUAGCUAUCCCAAAGGCAGGCGGGAGCCAGUAGUAGCUUCAGCAGCUUCAGUUUGCUGUCUUGCUGACAGAGACCCUUGGCUACCACUGUGCUGCUAAUAGGAUAAGUACUCUGUUGCCAGAUUACCAUGCCUUUUACACAAAACCAAAUUACCUAAUACCUGACAGCUCUCUGGGCUCUGAACUGCUUUCUCUCAAAAGUGUGCUGGCAUUGUAGACAGAAUUCUAGAAAUUUGGCAGGUGGUGCAAAUAUUUAAGAUUUCAUUUACCUUGCCCCUUUGUUGAUUGAAAGGAGUUUGAAAUUCUGAGCUCCUGAGAUACUGACCAGUACCGAGGAAUGAAUGUGUGACCAGAAUGUGGCUUUGACCACCAGGUGCUGUUGUCCCUUUGCAAUUGGCUUCUGAUUUGACCAGAAAUAAUUGAUAAUGUGAAUUUUUGUUAACUGUUCAGUUGUAGGGAAACAACACAUAUCACCCUUUGUUAGGUAGAACACAGACUUGUCCCGCCCAAAGCCUUGCUCGUAGAGGGUGCCUGGUGAGACAGGGAAAAGCAUAGUAAGUUGUGCUUCAAGAGCUUGAUAUGUUUAUCUUAAUCAGUACAGAAGAAAUAUAUCUGUGUAACUCGAUCUGUCUAGUACUUGUCUUGUAAGUAACCAACACUGAGAACUUUGUAGUGAUGACUACCAAAGAAAUCUAGUAAAACAACCUUUUAUUUCCAAAUUAUUCAAGAGCCAGCCAUUGACGCUGCUACGUGAGUUCCAUGCUCAAGAGCCAUUGUAAGAGAUUAAGGGGUUUUUAGGUUUUUGUUUUGUUUCUAGUUUUCUUUUUUUUCUCUUUAAUUUUUUUUUAUAUAAAACAUACACACACAGCUGUUAGCAUGAAAUGACAGGGAGCAUUUUUGAGGAUGCUCAGCCGUUGUGGUUAGCUGCCAAGGUCUGGUUGCCUCUUGUUAGGCGAUUGGAGGAAGCCUGUGUUGGUGACAGCGCGGGUGCUGUGUGUGCGUGUGUGCGCGCAUUCAUGCCUUAACUCGGGUUACUGCUCAACUUCAGUUCCUGACUUAGUCUGCACUGUCAUCUAGAUUGUAUUGUACAUCUUGAUCUGAACUUCACCCUGGCAAAAACAGAGUUGCAGGCACAACAGUUAAAGAAUGCAUUCCUCUGGAAGAGUAUUUGGUCAGGUUCACCCUGAGGAUUCUUUGGACUUUAUUUGGAACUGAGCAUGGAGAGCAAAAGUGAACUGUCAAACUGAAAGAGGUCAACAAGGAAGAGAGGAGAGCCCAGCGCUAGCAUGUCCUUGCCUCUGCAUAUCCGUGCGCACUGUGUGUUCAUGAUAGCUUGUCUACAGCUCGACUAGGCUGGAGUUCUGGUAAUAGUGGCAAUCUUGACAUUCUUGGUCAGAGUUUAGAGAGAUGUAAGAUUUCCAAUUAAUGUCUUAUAUACUUCUUUAUGUUGAUUAGUCUUUGAUAUAUGUGCUGAAUCAGAAACCUAAAUAAAGAUAAUUUUUUAAAAUGUAA